AUGGCAGCACAAUUACUCCUCCUCCUUCUCCCCUUCCUCUUCCACCUCUCCUCAGCAGCUCAGCUCUACAACAUUGCAGACUAUGGCGCUAAGCCAGACGGCUCCGAUGACUCUGCUUCUCAGCUCGCCAUUGCAUGGACUAAGGCUUGCUCCUCCAUCGUCCCUGCAACGCUGCUUAUUCCUCCUGGCAAGUUCUUAGUAAGCCAAGCCUGGCUGCAAGGCCCUUGCAGAAACAACAAAAUCUUAAUUGUCAUAAAGGGAAUUGUCAUGGCUCCUUCCUCUUACACCUCCAACGAGCAAUGGAUAAUCUUCAAGAGAGUGAAUGGCCUCACCAUCUCUGGAGGACUAUUAGACGGCCAUGGCCAAGCUCUCUGGUCUUGCAAGAACAGCAACAGCAAAUGCCCAGAAGGAGCCACAUCUCUCUCCAUCGCUUACUCUAACAACGUAUGGAUUGACAGAGUUAGCUCAGUGAACAGCGAGCAGUUUCACAUUACUAUAUAUAGAAGCAGUCAUGUGAAGGUAACGCGAGCUGUAAUUACAGCACCAUUUGAUAGUCCAAAUACUGACGGAAUACACAUUGAGGAGUCGAGCGAUGUGGAGGUGAAAGAGUGCAGAAUUGGCACAGGCGAUGACUGUAUAUCAAUGGGGCCUGGAGACAGUAAUGUAUGGAUAGAGAAUGUAAGGUGCGGGCCCGGCCAUGGCAUCAGCAUUGGGAGCUUGGGUUCUUCAAGCAACCAGGAUGGUGUGAAGAAUGUGACUGUCAAGAACGUUCAGUUCACUGGAACGGAAAAUGGGCUGAGAAUCAAGACUUGGGCGAAGCCUAGUAACGCUUUUGCUCAGCAAAUUUUGUUCCAGAAUGCAACCAUGGAUAAUGUCAAGAACCCUAUCAUCAUCGAUCAGAACUACUGCCCUGACCAUCUGGACUGCCCCAACCAAUCUUCGGGUGUUCAGAUUAGUGAUGUGACAUUUCGCGACGUCGUCGGUUCGUCGGCGACGAACACGGCGGUGAAGCUGGACUGUAGCAAGAGUAAACCAUGUGAAGGGAUUAUGCUACAAAAUAUCAAUCUUGGUUAUAAUGGAAGCAGUGAGGCUGAAAUGGUAUGUAGCAAUGUGCAUGGAGGAAGCUCUGGUGUUGUCAUUCCACCUUGCUGUAUCAGCAAAUGA